AGCCCUUGAUCAUCUUAGAAGCCGCAUCUCAUAUUUUUUUUCCAGUAAUUUCAAUGGCUGCAGCUUCCACAAGUAAUCAGAUACCUUCUGUAAAUAAGGCAUGGACCUACUCAGAAUAUGGGAAGUCUGUUGAAGUAUUGAAAUUUGAUACUAGUGUGCCUGUUCCUCAAAUAAAGGAAGACCAGGUGCUGAUCAAGGUCAUAGCUGCUUCUCUUAACCCUGUUGACUUCAAGAGAAUCAACGGAUUUAUCAAAGCCGCCGACUCUCCUUUUCCUACUGUUCCGGGAUAUGAUGUUGCUGGUGUGGUAGUGAAGGUGGGAAGGCAAGUGAAGAAAUUGAAGGUGGGUGAUGAGGUCUAUGGGGACAUCAAUGAGAAUGGUCUUGAAAACCCAAAACAGUUUGGCACUUUAGCCGAAUACACCGCUGCAGAAGAGAGAGUGUUGGCUCUGAAACCAAAGAAUCUGAGUUUUGUAGAAGCUGCUAGCCUUCCUAUGGCUGUUGGGACUGCCUAUGAAGGCCUCGAACGAGCUCAACUUUCUGAUGGGAAAUCUCUUCUUGUUCUAGGAGGUGCUGGUGGUGUUGGAACUCAGGUUAUCCAGCUAGCAAAACACGUUUUUGGGGCGUCCAAAGUGGCGGCCACUUCAAGCAUGGGAAAAUUGGAGUUUCUGAGGAGCUUGGGUGCUGAUUUGGCUAUUGAUUACACAAAGGAGAAUGUUGAAGACAUUGAGGAGAAGUUUGAUGUGGUAUAUGAUGCAGUUGGGCAAUCUGAGAGGGCGGUGAAGGCCGCGAAAGAUGGCGGUAAGAUUGUGACAAUAGUAGUUGGUCCUGUAACUCCACCAGCAUUCACAUUUGUUCUCAAUUCAACUGGGUCUAUUUUGGAGAAGCUAAAGCCUUACUUGGAGAGUGGGAAGGUGAAGCCAGUUAUCGACUCCAAGGGCCAAUUCCCAUUUGCUAAGAUCGUUGAGGCGUUUUCUUAUCUCGAGACCUCCAGAGCUAGUGGGAAGGUUGUGGUGUAUCCCAUACCAUAAGUUGAAGGCAAUCGGAUUUGAUGACUAAUAAAUAGACUUGUAAACUCCUUGUUUUUUUCUCUUUUAAGUGAAAGGUUUCAGGUU